CUUAUUCACCAGGGCCCCUGAUGGUGGGGAUGGACUUGGAGCAGACUGAGACCAGGUUGCGACCCCCGAGUACGUCCAGCAGUGGUAGAGAGCACCGUCAGGGGUGUGCGGGAAAUGGAGCCUGACGUGAAGAGGCUGGCAGGCCUGGUAACAGGGACAGAUCCGUGCGGAAUGGAUGGAUGGAUCGUCAGGGUAACGUAAGGCGUAGUCAGGCAGGCCAGGUCAGCAACGUGCGGGCAGCGAGGUACUGGAGGAGCAGGCAGAGAAUGGUCAGGGUCACGAGCCGGGUUCAACAACUAACGGGCAGCGCGGUACAGAGGAUCAGGCAGAUAAAUGGUCAGGUCAAGCCAGGGGUCAAGCAGGAGACAAUCAGCAGGGUCAAGAGGAUCAGAUAACAGGA